CAUAUUUGUAUAUAUACAACCGCAUCGAUGCAUAUAUCCAUCAUUACAAAAGUCUAACUUUCUUGAAUUCUCCGCCUUUUUACUCGAUAUUCUGAUAAAUUCUUGAAUUCCUCAAUGGUGCGUGUGAGUAACAAUUUGGUCGGCAUUCUUAAUUUCGUAACACUUUUGCUCUCGAUCCCCAUCAUAGGAGGUGGCAUAUGGCUCUCAAAACAAGCCAACACAGAGUGCGAGCGGUUUCUUGACAAACCCGUAAUCGCUUUGGGAGUGUUUAUUCUGCUUGUUUCUUUGGCAGGUUUAGUGGGAUCAUGCUGCAGAAUUACAUGGCUUUUAUGGGUUUAUCUCCUUGUCAUGUUCUUGUUGAUUGUCUUGCUAUUUUGCUUCACAAUCUUUGCUUUUGUGGUUACAAAUAAAGGGGCCGGAGAGUCCUUAUCUGAUAAAGGCUACAAAGAAUACAGGCUUGGAGAUUACUCUAACUGGCUGCAGAAACGGGUCAACAGUGACAAGAAUUGGAAUAAGAUUAGGAGUUGUUUGCAAGACAGUAAGAUCUGCCAGAGGUUGCUGGAUGAUGGCUCCUCCACCAGAGUUGAAGAUUUUUACAGGGAACGCCUCUCUGCUCUUCAGUCUGGUUGCUGUAAACCAUCAAACGACUGCAACUUCCAGUAUGUUAGCCCCACCAACUGGACUAGGACCUCUCAAUCGUCGUCAACAAAUUCCGACUGCGCUAAGUGGAGCAAUGACCCUAAUGCUUUGUGCUAUAGCUGCCAAUCAUGCAAGGCUGGGUUGCUGGAUAACAUCAAGAGAGACUGGAAGAGAGUGGCUGUCAUCAACAUCAUAUUCCUAGUCUUUCUCAUAAUCGUCUACUCCGUUGGAUGCUGCGCUUUUAGAAACAAUCGGGAGGACAACGGAUGGAAACGAUAUCCUUGAAUGUGUCCAUAAGAUUCUGGUUUGAGUAGAUAUUAGUAGUAUCAGAACUGAUCUCCUGCGUACAGUGUGCAGGAAAUAUCUCCUGUUAGUAGUACAUCUCUAAUUAUUUCUGGUGUUUGUAGCAUUGUCCUAAAGUUUUAUUAGGUUUAUGGUACACUGUUUUCAUUUCGUUUUUCAGACCUUAUAUAUCUUGAUUUUCUAUGUAUGGCCCCGUUUGGUA